AUGUGGAUUCCUAUGCUGGGUCUGACUGCACUGCCCCACGUCGGGGGGGUUCUCGGAGGCAUCAUCACGCGUAAAGAGGUGAAGACUUGGUACCCCACCCUCGUUAAGCCAACCUGGCGUCCCCCAAACGCAGCCUUCCCCGUGGUGUGGACUGGCCUCUACACGGGCAUGGGUUAUGGGUCUUAUUUGAUAUGGAAAGAACUGGGAGGUUUCACUGAAAACUCGCUGGUUCCGAUGGGCCUGUAUGGAUUACAGCUUGCUCUUAACUGGGCCUGGACCCCCAUCUUCUUUGGAGCACACAAAAUCAAACUGGCUUUCUUUGAGAUCGUGCUGCUGACCGGCACGGUGGCAGCCACCACGGUGUCCUGGUAUCCCAUCAGCCGCACGGCGGCUCUCCUCAUGGUGCCGUACCUGGCCUGGCUCUGUCUGGCCACCACCCUCAACUACCGCAUCUGGAGAGACAACCCUGAGACGAAAGAGGAGUAGGCCCGCGAUAAUCCCUCCGUUCCCGGGGGAGACGCCCCGCAGUAGAAUGUGCCUCUGACCGUUUUUGCAGGUUCUUAGCCGGCCCGCGACACGCUAAGAACCCGUAACAAACGCGCGAACUUAGACCGUUCACCGCUGGUUUUUCUGAUAGUCCCUCGAACAAAUAAAUAACAAAUGUGAAAUAACAAAUGAAAUCCUUCGGCUGUGUUCCAGAUUAAUUUAACAACUGCAUUUAUGCCAGGUUUAUCAUGAUUCUGUUUGACCUCAGCGCUUUAACGUUUGCUCAGUAAAGUUGACAGAAACGACGCAAUCCGCUAAUAUGAUCGCUCGCCAACUAACCGGUAAAAUUAGAACCGUUUUGAUUGAUUGUAAUACAUCAUUGCUACUGAUAAAGGGUUUUGAUCAAAAUAUUUGAAACAUAUAGGGUCUUUUGGUUUAUCACCAUUGGGGUAGUUAAAAGGUAAGAUGAUUUUUAUGUAAAUUAGUUAUGAAUUACAAAUUAAACAGAGCGGUCAUCUUCCAGGCAGCUCCUCAAAGUCCCUUAGCACACAGGAGAAAUGUUCCACACGGUGAGGGACGGGUCUUCUGACUCGUUUCCUCUGAUUGUUGAAGAAAACUAUGCUUCCAGUUGGCUACAGGUUUUGCUUUU